UCCUUGCUUACACACUGACCAUUUGGAGUUACAAACCUGCAAGUCAUUCCUUCAAUUUUUGGCUCUCAAUAUAAGCAUUUUGCUUCAACUCAUCCAUGUUCAUACUUGCAAAAUGGGCUUGGCAACCAGCUUCAUGGGAAAAGGCUUGGCCUCGACACAAAUGUUGAAUUUUGCCAUGGGGACUCUUUACAGCCGGUUCAUGGAGAAAGAUGUCAAAAAUUUUGAGGACUUUCACAUGGGUAUUCUUGAUAUUUUCAGCACCUUCAAUGCUUCAUUGCCUGGGAAACAUUAUGAUGUUCCAUUGAGAAAGGAAAUCGAGGAAUGCUUCACCGUGUGGAAAGCUGCUGCAGAGUCUGAAAAAAAGAAGGUGUUCAUCGACUUCAUGAAGAAAAAUGUGAAACUUAGCAAGUUAGAUGAUGCUACCAUGAUUACUGGUCUGGUGACACCUCCAGCAGCCAUGGCGGCGAAGAGAGCAGGCGAGGGCGUGCCCCAGCUGAAGAUGAUCAAGGCCAUCCCAGACGUUCUCUUCGUUCCCUCUGCCACCUUGCUGGCCUUGAUCUCAGUUAAGCUCUCCCGGAGCAUAUUUCUUCAGAAUCUGGCAUCAUGAUUCCAUUCUCAACCCUAGGGAGAUCCUGAAGUCCAGAGGAUUACUGAAUGUUGUGUCUGUAUGUGGAACAAUAUGAUUUAUCUGUCAAGGGAAGACAUUGUGCUUGCCUUGUUAACGUACAGAGAAUUCAGCAGAAAUUUGCUUUGUUUGGAUGGAAGAAAUAAACAGCAGCCAGGGUAUGUCUCCUUCUCUUGGAUGUUGGGUUAAUACUGUUGUAAAAGUUUAGCCUCAGUUUUAGU